AUGCCUGUUGACAGAAGACAACGGCAAUUUCAUUCUAGAACUCAUGCAAGCCAAGUACUGGAAGGAAUCGAUUUGUCUGGAAAAAUAUUUGCAAUCACUGGAACAACAUCUGGAAUCGGUGUAGAAACAGCGAGAGCUUUAGUUUUGAAAAAUGCGCAUGUCGUGAUGAUCAACAGGAAUUUGAAGGAAUCUGAAAAUCUGAAAAAUAAAUUGUUGCUGGAAAGACCAAAUGCUCAAAUUGAUAUCAUACAAUGUGACUUGAAUUGUUUGGCGUCGGUUCAAAAUGCGGCGGAGAAAUAUUUAGAGAAGAAAUGGAAACUUCAUGGAUUAAUACUAAAUGCUGGAGUAUUUGGACCUACUACUAAAACAACUUCAGAUGGAUAUGAAGCUCAUUUUGGGAUCAACCAUUUGGCUCAUUUUAUCCUCAUCAAAGAACUCCUCCCAGUUCUCCGUGACUCAACGCCUUCAAGAAUUGUGAUUGUUUCAUCCAUGCUGAGCAAGCACACUUGUGUAAAACCAAAUACAAGCAUCGAGAAGAAAAUGGAAGUUUUAUGUCCAAAAAAUGCCUCGGAAUGGUACUUUCGUUUGUAUGCAAAAUCUAAAAUGUGCAACAUGUUGACUGCUUUUAAACUACAUCGAGAUGAGUUCAAAAACGGGAUCAGUGUCUAUUCGAUUCACCCGGGAUCUGGAGUCAGAACAGGCCUUCAUAGGGAUUUCGGACUUUGGAGUAUCGCAGAUUUUCUUUCGAUUCUAUUCACAAAGAAUGCAAGUCAAGGAGCUGCAACAAGUGUCUAUUGUGCAACUCAUCCCGAAGUUCAGAAUAUUUCUGGAAGGUAUUGGGAAUCUUGUUGGGACGAUGAAAAGAAUUUGGACAAGGAAGUGGCAAGAGAUGAGGAAUUGCAAGAUGCUUUAUGGAAGUAUUCGGAAGAACUGAUUAUCAAUUUAUCAAACAGAAAAAAUGAUAACCUAGAAAAUGUGAUUUUAUGA